GGAGCAUAGUACACUUUUGUCAGCGGGGGAAAUAAUUAUUAUCUGUUCUGUUUUGAGGAGUAUGUCUAUGGUCCGCAAGUCAAGUAUGGAUAAAAUGUCUUCAAGCAUGACAUCCAGCGUGACUGGCAUGGGACUUGGUGGAAUCACUGGACUGACUACUGGAAUGAGUACCCUUAGCUGCAUGAGGGAACAACAAGUUACUAUUGGAGGCAUGCCUUCGAAUUACGUACCGGGACUGUCAGCGAACUACAACAUUUCGAGCUUCUGUCAACGUCCAGGACAAAGUCGUCGUUGGCCUACGGCUAGGGCAGGUCCAUCAGCUCAACAUAGACCUGGCCGUUCUCAUAGCACGGGUGCAUUACAUCGGCUUAAGCAUUCUUCGAGAAAUAGCCCAAAUACGCAAUACACCCAUAACCUGAUUUGCAAACUAGCUGAUCAAAAUGAACGCCGACGUCGUCAAGAUACCAUGGAAUUAAUUCCUCAGAGUUAUUAUUCGCAGCAACCGCUUAAAGUAGAACUUACUGAAUUUUAUUCACGAGAUAACUCCAAAGAUCAUCACACUGAUCAAUAUGAUUUAGUUAAUGAUAACAUCCUUCCUAAUCCAGUCUUAAGAAGAGGCCAAAAUUUCUUUUUUGCCGUUCGUUUUGAUAGGACUUAUGACAAACAGCAAGAUGUGAUCCGUAUAGUGUUCGGUUUUGGUCCAAAACCUAGCGUUACUAAAGGAACUCGUAUUGUCUUACCGGUUAAUUGGAGCACUCAACAAGGUGCCUUUCAACAUUCUCGAGAUGUUAUUGGGUUGGCCAGAAUGCAAGACACUAGUACAACGAUGCCUCCUAUAGCAACAAUAGGUACUAUGGGAGCCAUAGGAGCUAUGAGUGGGAUUCGCGAAACGACUACAUAUGGCGUACGCCGUACGUCUUUCAGCAAUGAUCCUUUGCCAUUACAACAUAGCCCACUUAGCCCCCAUGGCCCCAUGGAAAGGCCUGUGGUAGAGCGUUAUGCUCCAACUACACAACAUUCUUCGUUUCAACGUAGUUAUGGCUCUCGACAUGGGUCAAUGCAAAACUUAGCGUCAAUUGCCCAUGAAAUGGACAGAUGGGAUAUAAGUGUUCAACGUCAGGAUGGAAAUACUAUCACUUUUCAAGUCCAUGUUCCAGCUUCUGCUCCAGUUGGAGUUUGGAACUGCUGGGUACAAACGCACCGUUUCGGACAACGUGAUAAUCGGCAUGAUUACAAAUGUGAUGAAGAUAUUUAUAUACUGUUUAAUCCAUGGUGCCGUGAGGAUGCAGUAUAUAUGGACAAUGAAUCUUCAAGGAAAGAAUAUGUGCUUAAUGAACAGGGUAAAAUAUGGUACGGUACCUGGCGACAACCUAAAGGACGUAAAUGGAUAUUCGGCCAAUUUGAUGAUGUUGUAUUGCCAGCUUGCAUUUAUUUACUGGAACGCAGUGGUCUUGAACAUUCUGAACGCGGUAAUCCUAUACGAGUGACAAGAGCAAUUUCUGCGAUGGUAAGUUAUAUUAAUGCCAAUGAUGAUGAUGACGGUUUAAUGGUAGGUCGAUAUGAUGGUGAAUAUAAAGACGGAGUAGCACCUCAUGCCUGGACCGGUUCUGUUGCUAUUCUUGAGCGCUAUUUGACGGAUGGAGGUCGGCCUGUUGAGUACGGACAAUGCUGGGUAUUUUCAGCUCUGGUCGUUACAAUUUGUAGAGCAUUGGGUAUUCCCUGUCGAUCAGUAACCAAUUAUGUAUCUGCGCACGACACGAAUCGUACGUUUACUGUUGAUAAGUUCUUUGACCGAGAUGGAAAUGAAGUACCAAAUGGUCCUGAUGAAGAUUGUUACGAUUCAUGCUGGAACUUCCAUGUAUGGAACGAUGUUUGGAUGCAAAGACCCGAUUUGCCACAAGGAUAUGGUGGAUGGCAGAUUAUAGAUGCGACACCUCAAGAAGAAGCUGAGUCGGUGUAUCAGUGUGGUCCAGCUAGUGUCGAAGCCGUACGCCGUGGCGAGGUUGGGUUCCAAUAUGAUACACCAUUCGUGUAUUGUCAACUAAAUGCUGAAUUAUGCCACUUCCAAGAGGAAGAAAACUCUGAAUGGGGUUUUAUUAGAAUGGCAUCAAACCAAUACCAAGUCGGACGUAAGAUUUUAACCAAGAACCCGAACCGUGAUGAUGAUGAAGGUGAUAGCGAUAUGCUAGAAAUAACCCAUGAAUAUAAAACAGUAGAAAGCUCGUCCCCUGAACGUCUUGCCGUAAUUGCGGCAUGUCGUGGCUACCAGCGCUUGCAACAAUAUUAUGAAUUCCCUGAUCGUAAUUUUGAAGAUGUCGUCUUUGAUCUGAUGGAUAUUGAUAUUGUACCUUACGGUCAGCCUUUUGAUUGUACCAUGAAUAUUCAGAAUAAAUCCCACGAAGAUCGUACAAUUUGGUGUGUGCUAACAGCAUCAUCGUGUUAUUAUACUGGAGCAAUAGCAGCCCGACUGCGUAGGUCUCAAGGCGAGUUUAUAGUCCGAGCAGGUCAACGUGAAGUGCUUAAGCUACACGUAACACCUCAAGAAUAUAUGGAUAAACUAGUAGACCAUUCCAUGGUUAAGGUGCACGCUAUGGCUUAUGUUAAGCAAACACGACAAGCAUGGUCUGACGAGGAUGACUUCCCUUUGCAUAAGCCGCGACUGCAGAUCCAGCUGAGGAGCCAGCCAUCUGUGGGACAGGAAUGUGCAGUAACGUUUAGCUUCCAAAACCCGCUAAAUGUUCACUUGACCGAUUGCUACUUUACUUUCGAAGGGCCCGGUAUACAACGACCACGACAGAUACGAUUCCGUGACGUGAAGCCCGGCGAGUUUGUAAAUUAUCAGGACAAAUUCGUGCCCCGUCGCCAAGGGGAGCGUCGUGUCGUGGUGACCUUCUCUUCGAGGCAGAUCGACGAGAUUUUUGGAUGUGCUAACGUGAAUGUGCGAGGCUAGCAGCUAGCCCCCGGGCCUCGGGCGCCAGCCUCCCGCGCCCCGGGGCCGCCCUCGCCGCGUACGCUACAAGUGGACCGCUCAUACUUAUCCAUUGUAGCGCCAGAACAGCACUUAUUUGUUCAAGAGGAGGAAGUUCUUAUUUUAAAAGCUACGUGAACAUCUUCUUACGAGAUGUAUGCGAUCGACUGCGUAUUUGACUUUAAACAUGGACAUUGAAGACCCGGCUCAGUUAAUGGUUUUUAUUUUUUUAUCACAGAAGCACGAUUCAUAUCAAUAAAAUACAAAAAAAUGCAUACAUACGAAACACGACGCACUGUGUGACUUAGUUAUAAGUAUCUAAAAGGAAACCGAUGCUUCGAGUGCCAUUUUUGUUUUGAUAUAAUUGUUAUA